AUGAAACUGUUCCAUUCUCUUCUCGCACCCCCAGCUCUCGUGGCGGGCCUCGUGCCAUCAAUCUUUGCGCAGAUUGUAAACUACACUCCUUCCAAAGGCAGGGGGGUAUCGUAUAGUGUCAACGUGCCCGAGGACACCGCGUCUGCGGGUUCGGGCCCUAUCUACAUUCAAGUCAAGGGUCCUUCGCAUCUCAAAUGGAUAGCCCUGGGUCAGGGCAACCGCAUGAACCUAGGUAACAACUUCAUCGUAUACUCGGGUUCCGGUGACAACAAUGUUACCCUUUCUUCUCGACGAGCGACCGGCCCUGUUGAGCCUCUGUACACACCAGAUAUCGAAGCGUACCUGCUGGACGGGUCCGGGAUCAGUGAUGGGAUGAUGACGGCCAACAUCCGCUGCGACAAUUGCAUGUUCUUGCAUGAUGGCAGAAGCGCGGUGGGUGCUCACAGCGAGUGGAUAUGGGCUGCCACUCAUGGGGAAGCCCUGAAUACGAACGACGUGUCCGCCAAGCUGUACCAACAUGAUUGGCAUGGCAUCUUUUCCCUGGAUCUGACAAAGGCAGUCGGAGGAAGCUCUGAUAACCCCUUCCUGCGGUCCGAAUCGCAUUCCUACACGACCAUCGAUUACACGUCCAUGUCGAAGCAACAGCAGAUCGACGACACCGUUUUGCAUAAGAAACGAAUUGCGCACGGCUCCUUGUCGGCGAUUGCCUUCGUCCUCCUGUUCCCCAAUUCCGCCCUCUCGUUGUACUUCUAUCCAUCCCGCCGGACGGUAACAUGGAUCCAUGCUCCGCUCCAGAUCUUCGCGGCCAUCGUGGCUCUAGGCGGACUGGCCAUCGGAGCCUCCGUAUCCAGAGAUGUUCAAGGCGUCCGCAACUAUCAUCCCAUUAUCGGGUACAUAGUCACCCUUGGAAUCGUUUUCGUCCAGCCAGCUCUGGGCAUCGUGCAGCAUCUCCGCUUCCGCAAAACUGGCGAGAAGACCCUGUUCGGUCUUGCGCACCGCUAUCUGGGCCGGUUCUUCAUGGCUUUCGGCAUCAUCAACGGCGGAUUGGGGUUCAAGUAUGCAUGCACGAAGACCCCCGACGUUCCGCUCGCCGCCAAAUAUUCCUAUGGGUUCAUCGUUGGCAGUCAGGUUGCCAUCUACGUUCUUGUUAUUAUCUGGAGACGGUGGAGGAACAAGAAAUCCGAGUCCCAGGCAGCCGGCGAUAGCGAGGCGCCGGUGGUCAAGGAUUCAAAGGAUAGUCAAUCGCCAGGCGUUACGGUCGUCUCCGAUUAUUCGGGCAAGAUGGGGAUGAAGACUGUUGCGAUCUCCCGGUCGAACGAGACACUUUGGUCGAAUGGAACGGGUGAAACGCUUCACCCAGGAUAUUCAAAUUCACGCGCAGCGAAUUAA